UGACCACCCAAGUAAAUUGUGUGUGUGUGAAUCAUCCAAUCUAACUUAUAAUCCAACAAUGACAUAACCUACGGUAUCCGGCUUGAUCUUGUUGAUAAACGACAUGUCAGGAUUGGGGCUGAUGUGGGUCCCACGUAAUCCACUGUUCCAGCGUCUGUUCGAAUUUGAGUUUUGUCGACCGAUGAUUACCCGAGAGGACGAUCCAAGACUCUCGAAACUUACGAUUUGUUUCAUUUGAAAUCUUCGAUCGAAGAUCAGAAACCAUGCUCUUGCCUUUCACCCAUGAUUCUUCAACAAUUUCAGUUUGCAGUACUUUGAUGUAACUUUACAAACAUCAACGCCAGUUAACAAUGAAGCACAGCAAUGGCGUCACUUCGUCGAAACGUCUCUCUUCUCGUCUCGAAACGUUACAGAAAACGCAGCCCAUUCUUCUCCUUCCUCCACACUGAAACUACUCCGAACAACGAAGAACAAUUUCUCGUCGACGCCAUUUCCGAAUCCUUACGAAACGGCGACGACUGGGAAGCUCUAUCCGAGAAGUUCUCCGCCGUGGAUUUCUCCGACACCCUCGUCGAGAAAGUGCUUCUGCGGUUCAGACAGCCCGAGAACGCUAAACGCGCGUUGAGUUUCUUCCACUGGUCCGCUAAAUCCUGGAACCGCCGACACGGGAUCUCGUCCUACGCCGUCGCGAUUCACAUCCUCGUCAGAGCCUGCUUGUUCAUCGACGCUCGUGCUCUGAUCGAAUCGGUUUUGGUGAGAUCUUCACAAGGCUGUUCAUCUGGCUCCCCUGUUCUUGAUCCCUUGUUGGCCACGUACGAGGUUUCGUGUUCUUCUCCUCUUGUGUUUGAUCUGUUGGUUCAGGGAUAUGCAAAGCUCCGGUUUUUGGAUCUGGGUUUCGAUGUUUGUCUGAAAUUGGGUGAUCAUGGGUUCUCUCUGAGUGUGAUAACAUUCAAUACUUUGAUCCAUUUCUCUCUGAAAUCGGAUCGAAACGAUCUCGUCUGGAGAAUGUACGAACGUGCGAUCGAGAAACGAACUUAUCCGAACGAAACAACGACUCAGAUAAUGAUUAAUGCGCUGUGCAAGGAAGGGAAGUUGAAGGAGACUGUAGAUACUCUGGAUAGGAUACAAGGUAAGAGAUGUUCUCCUCCAGUGAUCGUUAACACGAGUUUGAUUCUUAGGGUUUUGGAAGAGGGUAGAAUCGAACAGUGCAUGAGCCUGUUGAAGAGAUUGUUGCAGAAGAACAUGAUUCUCGAUACAAUUGGCUAUUCUCUAGUAGUAUGCGCGAAGGUGAAGCUCGGAGAUAUGGUGUCUGCACGCAGAGUGUUCGACGAAAUGCUUCACAGAGGUUUCAACCCUAAUUCGUUUGUCUACACAGCUUUUAUCAGAGGGUAUUGCGAAAAGGGCGAAAUCGAUGAGGCCAACCGGAUGUUUUCUGAGAUGGAGGAUGUGAGUUUGAGUCCGUAUGGUGAAACAUUCGAUCUUCUCAUCAAGGGUUGCUCAAGAUUCGGGAGAGAAGACGAAAGCUUGAGCUACUGCGAGAAAAUGAUCGGUAAAGGGUUUCUUCCUAGUUGCUCGGCUUUCAACGAGCUCGUGGAGAGGCUAAGUAAGAUUGAGAACGUGAAACAAGCGAACGAAAUCCUAACCACAUUGAUCGAUAAAGGGUUUGUCCCCAAUGAAGCUACCUACACUCACAUGAUUCGAGGGUUUGCGAAAGGAGACGACUUUCAAGAAGCUCUCAAGCUGUUGUACGAAAUGGAGUAUCGAAAUCUCUCUCCAGGUCCUAAGGUGUUGAAAUCGCUCAUUCUAUGCCUUUGCUCGUGCGGGAAAGUAGAGGCCGGGGAAAGGUGCUUGAGAACUAUGAAGGGAAGAUCGAUGCAGCCUGAUGCGGAUAUAUACGAGGCUUUGAUCAAAGGAUACCACAAAAUCGGCGAUAAAAGGAAUGCGAGUAGAAUUUAUGAUGAGAUGGUGUCUAACCCAUGAUUCAAACCAACGGGUUUGUGUUUUUUUUUGGGGGGCGAACUCAUACAUCCACCUUGUGUAUUACUCAGGUAGAUUGCCAUUGAAGUAUAGUCAUACAUCAUAAAACAGUAUGAUCGAGGGUGAGAUUAUUGCCGAUCUUUCGAGAGGAAGAAGAAGAAGCUUUUAGCAAGAAACACAAGUUUAUGCAGAGGUUUGCGUCUACAUGUAAUCCAAUAAAAGGAAUUAUAAAAUCUACAAUUAA